AUGGAGGCCAAAGAGGUCCUCAGCCACUUGCAACGUGCCGGCUACCGGCUGGUGGGUUUGACCGCCCACGACAACGGUACAGAUAUCAAAGCUCUUUGGGAUGUCCCCCUGGCAGCACCAGGACUGGCCUUGAUCUUCGGCCGUGAGCACGAUGGAAUCCCCGCGGAUGCUGAAGCACUUCUGGAUGAGGCGGUGACCAUCCCGAUGGCGGUCUCCGGGGAGGAGGGCAGCCUCAAUGUCUCCCAUGCUGCAGCUGUGGUGCUUUAUGAGCGAUGGGAACAGCUGCAAAGACAUCACGGAAAUGCCCAGAAGAACAGCCGCGCGCGUGGACGGGCAGGAGGUCACUGA